GACGCAGUCCUGAAGAUUGAUGGAGGGCCAUGCUAUUCAAACAGCAGGCGUUGCUGAGACAGAAGCUCUUUUUGCUGGGCAGUCUUGCUGUUGGAAGCCUCUUAUACAUAGUUGCCAGAGUUGGGAACUUGGAUAGACUCCAGCCUGCGUGUCCCAUUGAAGAUCAGUUUGGGGACCAAGACCAAAUCAUGCUCCGUGCUCUGCAGUACAAGCGUGGCUCAUCAUAUGACCUGCGCAAAGGCAACAUGACAAAGGAACAGAUCAGGCUGCAAAACAUGGUACAACAACUUCCUCAGGCCAUUAUUAUCGGUGUUCGCAAGGGCGGAACUCGCGCCCUGCUUGAGAUGCUCAACCUGCACCCGGCGGUGGUCAAAGCAUCGCAAGAGAUACACUUCUUUGACAACGACGGAAACUACGCCAAGGGUAUCGAGUGGUACAGGAAAAAAAUGCCCUUUUCCUACCCUUACCAGAUCACCAUUGAGAAAAGUCCAGCAUACUUCAUCACUGAGGAAGUCCCUGAGAGGAUCUACAAGAUGAACUCAUCCAUCAAACUGCUGAUCAUUGUGCGAGAGCCAACAACUCGAGCCAUCUCAGACUACACGCAGGUCUUGGAGGGAAAGGAGAGGAAGAAUAAAACCUACUACAAGUUUGAAAAGCUCGCAAUUGACCCCAGCACCUGUGAGGUAAACACUAAGUAUAAAGCUGUGAGAACUAGCAUAUAUACCAAGCAUCUGGAGCGGUGGCUCAAGUUCUUCCCCAUUGAACAGUUCCACAUUGUGGAUGGUGAUCGCCUCAUCACUGAGCCACUGCCCGAACUCCAGUUGGUGGAGAAGUUUCUCAAUCUAACGCCCCGGAUAAGCCAAUACAACUUGUACUUUAACUCCACGAGAGGCUUCUACUGUCUGCGGUUUAACAUUGUAUUUAAUAAAUGUCUGGCAGGCAGCAAGGGACGGAUACACCCCGAAGUGGACUCCCUGGUCGUUAAUAAGCUGCACAAGUUUUUUCAUCCAUUCAAUCAGAAGUUUUAUCAGAUCACCGGAAGGUCAUUCAGUUGGCCAUAA